AUGCCAGCUGACGUUGCUGCUGCGUCGAAAGACGAGGUGCGCGCCAAGACGGGCAUCGCCGCGCCAUACACAGUGCCCAUCGCCCAACGCGCUCCCAAGUCGACACUCGUGCAGACGAUCCUCUUCGCGCUCGUCUUCAACUUCUGCAUCGUGUCGGCGCACUUCUUCCAGCUCCUCUCGUGGCCGCUCUCUCUCCACCCACGCACACAACCCAUCUACCGCUCGCACAUCGCCUACUCGAAGCUCGCGUUCAGCCGUGCGCUGCUCGUCAUCUCGCAGUUCUUCGGCCGCACGCAGCUGGUCAUCUCCAUCGGCGACGGCAAGGGCGGCUACAUCGACCCCGAGCCGUUUGUGCACCGCGACAAGCGCACUGGUCGUGUAGUGUCGUUCGACCUGCCGAGUCGGUCGGUGUGGAUGUCGAACCACCAGGUGUAUACCGACUGGCUGUAUCUGUGGUGUCUGGCGUACUACGCCGAUCUUGCAGACAGCAUCCUCAUCAUCCUCAAGGACUCGCUCAAGUGGAUCCCCUUCAUCGGCUGGGGCAUGCAGUUCUACCGCUUCAUCUUUCUCAAGCGCAACUGGGCGAGCGACCAGGCGCAACUCGCCAAACAACUAGGCCAAGUGGCUUCUGAAAACCAUACUUCGGGCGAGAAGCCUUCGGCUACGGGGACGGCCAAGAAGUUGCUGCUGCUCAUCUUUCCAGAGGGAACGUUGGUGUCGGGUAAUACGCGACCGGUGUCGGCCAAGUUUGCGGAAAAGAUGGGCAUCAAGGAUCUCGAAAACGUGCUGCUCCCGCGGUCGACGGGGCUCUUUUUCUGCCUGCGAACGCUCGCCAAGCAGAUGGAUGAUCUGUGGCUUGUGGAUUUCACCAUCGGCUAUCCGGGUGUGCCACCUGCGGGGUAUGGACAGGACUACUACACGCUACGCUCGAUCUUCAUGCAGGGCGUACCGCCGCCUGCGAUCCACCUGCACUUGACCCUCACGCGAAUCACCCACCCCGUCAGUGGCGACACGUCAUCCAACGCGCCUUCGGUAGCGGAUGUGGCAACAGCACAGACCGACACACCGCCGUUGGGUGCCAAUGAUGCGCCGGCCGAGUCGAGUGAUGCGGAGAGGACGGCGUUCGAGUCGUGGCUGCGCGCAAGGUGGACGGAAAAGGACCAACUCAUGCACCGCUUCUACGCGCAAGGCGACUUUGUCGGCGGCGAGUUCACGCAGGCGGUGUCAGCAAGCAAGGUGGACGCAACGCAGCCAGGCGCAAAGUAUGUGGUGCUGCCGGCUGAGCUGCGCAGCUUGCGCGAGAUCGGCGACGCAGCUUGCUGGGGCAUCCCGUUCAUCGUUGGCUGGAAUGUGCUACGACUGUACAGAAAGGUCGUUGGAUAG